AUGAAAGAGAAUUACGAACAAACUAUAAUUGAAACGUUAAUGGAAAAGAACGACGAUCUAACUAUAAUUGAAACAUUGACAGAAAAAAACAACGAACCAAUUAUAAUUGAAACGUCGACGGAAGACAACAACGAACCAAUUAUAAUUGAAACAUCGGCAGAAAGUAACAACGAACCGUCGAUAGAAAUGAUGGAGGAAGACAAUGUUCCAGCUUCAACGCCGUUGACAUCACCUCCUUUGACUGUUGAAGAGUUGAGCGAAUCCGCUCAAACAAACAUAUCCAGUUUUAAAUUUGAUGAUCCUACAUUGGAUGCAGAAACAAAGGAAAAAAUGUAUGAUGAAGCCGAGGAGAAACUCAGAUCUUUAAUGAAAGAAUGGCGUGCUAUUAAUAGAAACCUUCGUAAGAUAGAAAAAGAUUUAAUGUCUAAAAAAGCAAGAAAAUCAAGAAACAAUGAAGAGCUAGGGGAUGUCGAUAUUGAAACUGACGAUGAGGGAGACGUAGAACCGGUAGAUUCAAGUGAUAUCGAAAAUAAUCAUGAAGAUGGCGAAGAACGUGAGGAUGAAGAGGAAAUCCAAGUAAUUACCCGAAGUAAAAAAAUAAAUGAGGAAUCUAAGGUGGUGUUGAAAAGCAAGCACAUAUUGAAAAAAAUAUAG